AUGGAUGAACCAUCUCCAGGAGCUGAGGAACAUGUGGACAUGGAUGAACCAUCUCCAGGAGCUGAGGAACACGUGGUCAUGGAUGAACCACCUCCAGGAGCUGAGGAAUAUGUGGACAUGGAUGAACCACCUCCAGGAGCUGAGGAACACGUGGACAUGGAUGAACCACCUCCAGGAGCUGAGGAAUAUGUGGACAUGGAUGAACCACCUCCAGGAGCUGAGGAAUAUGUGGACAUGGAUGAACCACCUCCAGGAGCUGAGGAAUAUGUGGACAUGGAUGAACCACCUCCAGGAGCUGAGGAACACGUGGACAUGGAUGAACCACCUCCAGGAGCUGAGGAAUAUGUGGACAUGGAUGAACCACCUCCAGGAGCUGAGGAAUAUGUGGACAUGGAUGAACCAUCUCCAGGAGCUGAGGAACACGUGGACAUGGACAAGGCACCUCCAGGAGCUGAGGAACAUGAGGACAUGGAUGAACCAUCUCCAGGAGCUGAGGAACACGUGGACAUGGACAAGGCACCUCCAGGAGCUGAGGAACAUGAGGACAUGGAUGAACCAUCUCCAGGAGCUGAGGAACACAUGGACAUGGAUGAACCAUCUCCAGGAGCUGAGGAACACGUGGACAUGGAUGAACCAUCUCCAGGAGCUGAGGAAUAUGUGGACAUGGAUGAACCACCUCCAGGAGCUGAGGAAUAUGUGGACAUGGAUGAACCAUCUCCAGGAGCUGAGGAACACAUGGACAUGGAUGAACCAUCUCCAGGAGCUGAGGAACACGUGGUCAUGGAUGAACCACCUCCAGGAGCUGAGGAAUAUGUGGACAUGGAUGAACCACCUCCAGGAGCUGAGGAAUAUGUGGACAUGGAUGAACCAUCUCCAGGAGCUGAGGAACACGUGGACAUGGAUGAACCACCUCCAGGAGCUGAGGAACACGUGGACAUGGACACGGCACCUCCAGGAGCUGAGGAACACUUGGACAUGGACACGGCACCUCCAGGAGCUGAGGAACACGAGGACAUGGACAAGCCACCAAGUGCAAUGUCUGGUUCUGUCAUGACUGUGGCACUCAGCCUGCACAGCCCAGCAUCACCUGUGCUGACCUGGGCCAGCAGGCUGAGCCCAGGCGAGCAUUCCUGA